AGCACACAGGCAGCCUCUCAGAUGACAGACGAGAAAGAGCACUCUCAGGUACAGAAAUAAGAAGAGAGAGGGAGGAGGGGACAGCACUUAUGGAUAUGAGGUAGGAGUGACAGAGACAGAAGACAAGCUGGCUGUAAACAAAUACACUGAGGCUGAACACAGACACACCUGGAGUCGCGUUAAAGCUGCUGGAGGCUGGAGGCACAGCAGAAAUACUCGCAUUCCUGGGACUGAUACAACAUUACAACUCAGGCAAGAACGAAAUGGAGGCUGUGAAAAACGCAACAUUUCACAUUGAGAAAGACUGACACAGAAAGAAACAAGAGGAGAGUCGCAAGGAGCUAGAGCAAAAGAAGCUCCACAGAGAAGAAUAACAACUUUAGAGCACUUUCAAGGGUCUGUGAGAAUUCCCCCCUCCACCUCGACGUCAUGGCCUCCACAGGGAUGCAGAUGCUGGCCAGCACCUUGUGCCUCCUGGGCUGGGCAGGGGUCAUCAUCAGCUGCAUAAUGCCAACAUGGCGGGUCACGGCCUUCGUGGGAACCACCAUCGUCACCUCGCAGACCAUCUGGGAGGGCAUCUGGAUGACCUGUGUGGUGCAGAGCACGGGGCAGAUCCAGUGUAAACCUUAUGAUUCUCUCCUUGCUCUCAGCGCAGACCUACAGGCGGCCAGGGCUCUCAUCGUCCUCGCCAUCGCCACGGGCGCCGCAGGCCUCAUUUUGGCCUUCGUCGGAGGGAAGUGCACGCGUUUUUUGGACGAGGAACGAGGCGGGGUUAAGGGCAAGGUGGCUGUAGCAGCAGGGGUUGUUUUGAUUGUAACAGGGCUGCUGUGUUUGAUCCCAACCUCGUGGGCGGCAGGGUCUGUGGUGAAGAAAUUCUACAGCGCCACCAUAGAUGCUCAACGUAGGGAGAUAGGAGCCUCCAUCUACAUCGGCUGGGGAGCGUCCAUCCUGCUUAUGCUGGGAGGGGGGUUGUUCAUCAGCUCAGCAUGCCCCCUCAAAGCAAACGAAGCAGACAAGAGCCCUUCUGUCCGCUAUUUGGUGGUCCGCUCCUCCAACGGGUCCACCAAGCCAGGUUCCCAAGGCAGCAGAGUACCAGCAGCAACAUCUCAGCCUGUCGGAGGUCUUCCAAGGUCUCAAGGCUCAUCAACAAAACCUCCUCUGUACACAAGGCCGCCCUGGCAGGACCAGCCGGACCAGGGCUCGAGGCUGGAGUCCGAAAAAUCAUGGGCCCCAUCGACAAAGUCUCAGAUGAAAAGACUGGACUCUGCAAAGUCUGAACACAGUGAUGUGCCGUCUACGAAGUCUCAGCUAAAACGAGCAGAAGAAGAGAAUGUAUCAGUUGAGAGUGGCAAUGAGGAUGCAUCCUCAAAUCCAACGAGGACAUACCUAUGAAAUAAAAUCACACAUGCGUACUUAAGUUUACCACACAUUACAAACUUUUUUAUUUUAAGGGUGAUUUAGAAGAGGUAGUUUACUUUUUGUGUGACUGUUUACUGAUGAAGAAUAGUUGAUUGGAUUUACAUACCGUUUUUGUAUACUCCACCGUGUUGCUUUUUUUAGAGGACAAACGGGAAAAGUAUAGUUUAACUAUUCAUCCAUAUGAAGGAGAAUAGCAGCUUGUUAUGUGCACUUAAACUGAACCUAAAACAAAGUGCAGUGUCAAAUAAAAGUAGGUUAAAGUAAGUAUGCAUUUGUUUUAUGGAAUUGAACGUUGGCAUUAUUUUAAGUUCAAUUUAAGAUGUAUAGCAUUACACCUGUACCAGUUUUUGCUCUGACUGUUUCAAUGCACUAAAAUGAUAAUGAAUCCGUCUGUGUUAUGAAUUUUACCUCAGACUUUUUAGUUUGUUGGUUUCUGCUUGAUGCACAGUAACCUGAAUGCAACAUAAGAAAUGAAGAAACAAGAUAUUUUUGCCCUUUUUCUAUCAUUCAUUUAUAUUGAUUGGAUUGUAUUUUUAUUAUUCAUGUGAGCGAUCAUUUGAUGAGCUGUACGACAAUGAAAAACUCAACUUAUUGAAAUGUAAAGGUUACACUUUUUGGAUUUAGCUUCUGCUUUUUGUUACAACUGUGAAAAGUUUUGUAUUUUAUUUGUACACAUGUGACUAUAUAAUUGUAUGUUAACGUCUCAAUAAAUGACUUAAAUGUA